AUGGACAUGUCUUAUCUCUAUCUAAGAGGUUUGUGCUACAUCAAAGAUAGGCAGAUCAACUUGGUGAACGACAUUCUCUUGGUAUUUGUACUUACACGAAGAUCUGACAACAUGAGUUUUCUCUUAACUGCAUUGACAGAAAUAGUUCGUUAUAUAUUAACUCCACGUUUUAUAGUUUUAGGUGGGUGCCUCAUCAGUAGUGAUGCUUUACUUUUCAGCGUUAUUGGACUGAACCCACCCCAUUUAGAUCCAUUUUUGGCAACAAGGUGUCUUCCUAUUAGAUCAGCAACAAAUGCCAAAGUAAAGUGUACAUACAAAAUGUCCCAGCUUGUUUGCACCCAAACAUGUAACGAUGGUUUUGCUCUCGACGACGGAACUCGCACGUCGUCUCUAACCUGUGACACUUACAACAGCUGGAAGAUUGGCAAGGAGUUCCAAAUGUGUCGCGUCUCCAGUGGAACAGGAACCGGAUCCGGAAAUACUACACCCGGAAGUGGAACUGGAACUCAAACACGAAACUGUCACCAAAUUAAUUCUAUCAAGGAUUGUCCAUCUGAUGGUGAUUUCGCGGACUGUCAUCGAUGUGAUCACUUCAUUUCCUGCGCUCCGGAUGGCGUGUUUCUUCGUCGCUGUCCAGCCACUACUUACUGGGACGAUAUUGCUAAGCAAUGUCUAACUCAGUCUAGCACAUGUAAACCGUAAAUUAUACACAUAUGUAGAUUUUUUUUUAUCAUAUUUAGAAAUAAACUUUA